AUUAAAUUCGCUGUAGAAACAAAUCUUCACUAACCAGUGGCCAGUAAAAAAAGGAAAAAAAACGUCUCCGUGGAGUUUUGCAGUUCAUUUUUGCGUUAUCGGUAUUUUUUAUCUAUUAGCUUAACAUAAUCAGGAAAAAAUCCCCUAGUACCAUGUCAAACUCUCGAGUUAGAAGAUUGUAAUGUUAAACGAGUGAAGGUAUGUUAGUUGGUAGUUGAAUCAUAGCAAAAACUGUAACCUGAUCCCGUUAUGUUAUUAACGUGAAUUCCAAAUCUUGCCAAUAAUGUUUAAAAUUGAAUCGUACAUCACCCCUAUUAUUUUGAGUUAUGUUGAAAAAUAUGUGAAAAAUAUCCGUCCAGAAGACUCCCAGGUUUCACUAUGGGGAGGAGAGGUUGUAUUCCAGAACCUGGACUUGAAGUUAGACGUUCUAGAGGAAGAACUAUCGCAACCCUUUCAGUUCCUGUCUGGUCAUAUUCACGAAUUAGCUAUUCGAGUUCCAUGGACGAAAAUUGCAUCGGAACCAAUUGUAAUUACUAUCAAUACGAUUGAAUUCGUUCUUAAGCUGCAAGAGCCAGGAAACCGCACUGGCUUCCGAAAGGAUGCGACCAGGAAAAAACAAAACACCGAAGAAGUACCUCCACCAGGCUAUAUGGCAUCCUUGAUUAAUAAAAUAGCGAACAAUGUGACGAUUCGGUGCCACAAUGUAAUUCUCAAAUACGUGGAAGAGGAUAUUGUUGUAUCAAUGAACAUCCAGCAAUUGUCAAUGGAAUCGGUUAAUAGCAACUGGAACCCGGCAUUUAUUGAUAUCUCUCCCACAAGAAUUUCCCUGCGAAAAUUAAUCAAUGUGGUGGAUUUGACAAUUUGUUUGGAUAAGCGAAACUCAGCCGGAAAAAUUGAGAUGUGCCAGGAGCCUGUGCUAUAUAGAAGUACGCUGCAAGCACGAGUACUGAUGAGGUACAACAAUGUCUCGACUCAGGAUAGAUCAUCUAUAACCAGAAUAGAUGUACACAGCAACUUCCUUGAUUUUAAUGUUUCUUCGCAACAAUUCCCUAUGUUAAUGCGAUUGUUUGAAUUGGGCAUGGCUCUGAAGCAGGGUAAAAUAAAAAGUGAAACCUCUCUUAGUCCGGAAUCCAGCGCAGAAGGAGACAGCGAAACGGGGCAAGAGUCGCUACUUUCAUGGGCCUGGAACUUACUGCCUUCCUUUUUUCCAGAAGAAAAUGAAAGAGAUCACACCGAAGACCAUGAGUUUCACGUCUUUCAUUCCGGUUGCUACGUGGAUCGUUUAAGAAUGAUCUUCAAGACCCAAGAUCUGGUUGAGGAUAGCAUAGUCGGAAGCGCUCGAAGGAUUAAAUAUAAUCCAUUCCUUCAACUGGAUUUAAAUGGUGUCUAUGGAGAAGUUGUAAUGUGUGGUUUAAAAUGGUUCAAUUUCAAAGGAGGAGUAGCUACUAUAGGAAUUCGCUCACUAGAAGAUUGUCCAUGCGGGCAUCCAUUAACAGUGGAGGAUAUCUUCGCAAGUGAAACCGAAAACGUCCAUAAUAAUCAGCACAUCAAAGGAUCUUUCUUCGAUGAUAACUCGAGUGAAAGCAAGAAGUACAAUGUCAAUUGGAGUUACCAUUUAGGAAUGAAUACUUCGGAAGUUUUGCUGACCAGAUCACCUGCAAUUGCGUUAGACAUCGUACAUGAAGUACAGGUUCCAGACGAUCGACGAACUUCAGAGUUUGGAAGUGAUUUGGAAUUUAGCAACCUGUCAGAGAAAUAUAUGAUUCGAGCUUUUCUCGGUAAAUUUCGCCUGAAAAUUGGUGCAGAUACUCUGCAUCGAAUGGCGACCCUAAUAUCCUAUAGAGAGGCUUAUGAGUAUUCUCCGUACUAUGAGGAUAAACCAACUCCAUGCCUCCAACAGCUUCCUCCACCUUCAGCAGAAGAUUACGACGCUCUGAUGAACGAAAUUCCAUUGAAACAAGUGCAUAUUACCAUUGCAACACCUUGUAUAGAUCUACAUCCGUUCGAUCACGACAAAUUAAACACAGGUAGAAAACGUAGUUCAAGUAAAGCUAUGCACAAUCGUCAUUACGCAAUAGCCUCUAUUGAAUUCAACCGCAUCGAAUGCAACAUUUUGACCCCUCUAUACCCAAGUCGACUCAUUUACACAACCUGUCAGCUGCCCGAACCACCCUCUAAGCUAUUCGACAGUUGCUUUCGUUCCAUUUCUGGAAAUUUAGAAAGGCUACAAGCAAAAGUUAAAUGCGGUGACUUGGAAACACCCUUCGCAACAGCUAUCAACCUUAACCAUCAGCAUCGGAAUUUGAUAUUCCCCGAGUUAUGGCCGAAUAUUGAGUUAAACAAAAUUGAACACAACUUUGGUAUGUCGGAUAUGAAAUUAAUUCUAAAUCCGCAACAGCUUCUCACCGUUUACUAUAUUGGACUUUCGCUAGCCAGCCAGUCUUCCUUUUAUCCAUCGCCGGAACUCUCAUCAGGCUCAUGCUCACCAUCAGCUCCGUCGUUAGACCUCUCCAUAUCACAAGCCCACCUUCGUCAAAUAUUUUCCGAGAGCACUGUUUGCUACAAAUUAACAGCGCGUAGUUUACGCUGUCUCUCAUAUAUUCAGUCGACGGCCGACACUCAAUCUCUAACGAUUCUUUGGCCAGAUCAUCUUACUGAAGAAGACUUUCUUACCGUAAUCGUUCAACUUCCCAUAAACCGAAGCCUGAAAAACCUUGAACAUCCCCCACUAUUCUAUGGUCGGUUCUUGGAUUUGACUCUUAAUGUGGACCCCAUUCUAUUACACUAUCUCGAAAUAGUAUCGCAGCAGCUUGUUGUACUCAGAAGUAAUAACUUUCUAGCGCAAACGCAUAGUCGACAUUCAUUCAGUCCACGUAAAUCUUCAGAGCGACUACUACCACUGAAAAAAACUCAAUCACAACCGAUCACUUCGGUACACUCAAGCUCGGAUAAAGUCGAUACGCAAGUCACGACUACAGGUCAACCAGCCGUUCGCCCAGCGUUAGGUUCCACUGUCAUUGAAGAUAAUAUAGAGGAAAAAGACGCUCGAAAAGGAAUCAGUGACGAUCUAAACUUUUGGAAACAGCUAACACGCCGAAUCAUUUUUCAUCUGGAGAUAUGCCACUGUACGGUGUACUUUCCGGAGAAAAGCAUCGUGCAGGAACCUGCUGAUUACCAGCGCCAACCAAAUGAAGAGUUCGGCGACAACGAGAUCGUUAUGUUGAAGCUUCCCCUAGUUACCAUCAAUUCGGCGUUUAAGUCAACAAGCCUUUCGGCCAGUAUUUAUCGUUUUCCAAUCAGCCUUGCAAAGUCGGUGUGGCCGGACGAUCGAGAAAGUUUCCCAUGGACCAUCUCGCUAGCCAACACAUCCAGCUGGACCUACCAAAAUCGACGGAUGAACAAACUACUCGAAGAAACUACCACGAACAUUUCGCUGGUUUUAAAUUUUAAAGAUGACGGCAUGACAUGGUCGACGUGCUUUCAUGUGGACACAUCUCCACUAAAGUUGAACCUAAUCAGGGAUCAGAUACGAUUGCUCAGUUCUUCUUUAAAGAGAAUACUUUCAUUACCAAUGUUCGAGUAUUCUCAAGAACAUGGUGACAAAGAAGAGCCACAACUGUUGGAAAUCUCACUUAAAGCGGGAGGUACCGCAGUGGCCACCGACUUGAGAGAAUUCAUGGAUAUUACUCAAAAUUCAAGUGGAACCUCCGACGAAACGCUAAAAGUAAAAUGUAAAAAAGACACCUCGUCUGUAUCAGUUUGGCUUCAAUGGACGUUCUCUAAAGUAACUCUCAAUUGUGUUGCAAUGGAUGACAGUGGGCGACCAAAAGUAAAAUUUAUCGUUGAGCUCGAAGAUAUUAUCUACAGUUUAGAUAUGCAAAAUGUAUACAUGCAACUUAAAGCGAAGGUUGGCAGUUUGAGUGGUCAGUGUUACGAAUUCGUCACUGAGACAGGGAAUUGGAUCAAGAAUGAAGCUUUAGCAUUAACUGUUCAAACAGAAUCGAGCGGCUCAAAUAAAUCAGGCAACGAUGCCUUUCUGAACGUAACAAUUACUAAAGCGGAGACGACCAACGUACAUACGAAGUGGGACGCGAUUAGAAAAAACCGGGAACAAAACGAUACCCUUAUAGAGAUGAUUUUGAAAAUUGAGCAAAUCGAUUUACGACUUGAUCUUGAUCUCAUGGAGCAAUGUGUAGAAGUGUUAACCAUUUUCUAUCCAAAGGACAAUACUGAGGUUUCGCAAAGUGUGCUAGGGGUGAAAGACCUUCCGUUAAUCCUGUUCACAAGCAAAGGGUUACGCUUAUUUGUUCCAGUGCGAGGUUCAACAGAAACGUGCAAUGCAUACAUUUUUACAAUCAGUUCAAUUACAAUACAUCAUAAUGUAGAAAACCCGCUUUGUCGAGUCCCAUUGCGUCCCGACGUUUACACAAAGGCAGCACAAAUGAGAAUUCUUAAUGUUCCAGGAUCAAAGAUUGAGGAUCGACAGUACGAACUGAUUAUGAAAAACAUUUCUCUAAGUACUGCUAAUUGGUCGGAUAUUGUAGCCUAUAUCGAAAAUCAAACAUCUACAUCAGCACAUCAUGAUAAUCCGGCAUUCGAAUGGAAUAAUUUGCAAGAUGUUCAGCGAUCAACCGACUUUGUUGUCAAUACCAUUUUCAAAGAAUUCAAUUUCUCUGUUAUCUACGCACCCUGUAUUAUAUACAAAAAUGUUCUCAUUUGUGGUCAAGCCAUGGAACUUAACUGCAUGUCGGACCUCCUAAUAGAUUUAGAUCUCGAUCAAUUACGACUAGCUUGUGUCAUAUCACGAAAGCUGACAAAUAUUGUUCAAAUACUAGUACCAUUAGCUCCUUCUGUAUCAUCUUCGCAUAGUAGCGUUGUGGACUUCAACCCAUCUCUAUUCACAAGGCCUCCAAGUCAAGAUACAAUCAGCAUUGAGUCAGUCAAAUCUUUUCGAGAAACAGACCCGCCACGAGUUCUACGGACUAAUUCCAAACUUUCUAAGUUCGAAGAAGACUCUGGUGUUGAUACUCUCCGAACUUCCGACGUGAAGCAUGCUACAGGGUCUAGUAGUCGGCGAAGCUUCGGCGACUCACGCCAAAGAAAGAUCUCGGGAAAGUCGAAUUCAGAGCUAUUCAAAAAGGCAACAACUGUUCCAAUGCCAAACCAGCCAAUUGUUCCGUACGAAGUUUGCUUCCUUGGAGGUUACUUCAAAGUUAAUCUUUACGAAAAGGCAACGGACAAGAAAGACAAGACAAAAACAUUAUUCCGAAUAGAGUUAGCACAACCAAACAGUUUACUCUCAUUAAGCCUGUUGGAACGAAUUGUUCAAAUCUCACUUUUCGAUUUGAUCAUCGAAUUAGGUAAUUCAUCCCUGCUGAAAACACUACCCGGUGAACCCGAUGAUUUGGGAAUACCACAGCCCAUCGUGAAAGUUCGAUUCGUUACAAGCUUCACUAAACAAAGCAACGAAUUAAGUCUUGAUUUUCGACGACCGAUGAAAAUAACAAUUUCCCAUCAUAAAUUGAAAGUGAUUCAAGAUUUACUGGAGGUACUAGCUAGAAAUACAAAUGAGCCAACGACAAAAAGCCAAUCCCAAAAACCAUAUAAGAGACUUCCGAAACCUAUAUUGAGUCGCAAUAAAUUCAAAAUGAUUAAGUCGAACCUGUACGACAUAGAAAAUAUAAAUGUGUUGCUUUCACAGACGAUGAUCCACCUUCAUGAUGAAGAGCAAAAUUCGUACAAUUGCAAGUUAUCAUUUUCCUCGAUCCAAUCGUCACUCCGAGUUCAGGAUCGCCCGGAACGUAUGUCGUUCAUUUUAGACCUGGAAGAGCUUAUUUUUUGUCAGGGCUCAUUCAUAAUUUUGCAUCCAUUCUCUUUCAACCUGCAAGCAAGCCUAACACAGGAGUAUUGGAAACGGGAUCUCCUAAUUCAGACCAAACUUAGGUCACGCUAUAUCCAACUGGAUUUUAAUCCUAGAAGUCUUAUGGAAGUUCAGCAAAUGACAGUGUUUUUUAUUGAUACUUUGGCUUCGAAAGACAACAGCGGAAGUGGAAGAAAAACACCGGAAAUCAGCAAAUCUAACAUGACACCAAACAAGGAAAACCUCAUCCCAAUUUUUGCACCUUGCUUUUCGCAAAAUGAAUUUAAAGGUGCACAGGAAGAGCACUAUCAAGACGACCUUCGUGCCGGUGCUUUUCAAUUUGUCGAAUCUACCAAAGCCAACGAGCUUCCAUUACCGUAUCAAAUUAAAAUCAUCAAUCGUGAAACUGGUAUCAUUUGCUGGCGUUAUCCGCAACCCAGGGCACUCUAUAGUGUGACGGUGUAUCCGGUGCCAAUGAGCACUUCCAAACAUAUUAACGUUCGGUGCAAGCUCGAGUAUUUUUCCGAGAUUUUCGGCGAAUUUUUUGAAAUGUGUCAAUUUACACUAUCCGAAAGCGACAAAGUGGAUUUGCGACUACCGUCUCGCAAAAUUGCAUCUGCAAUCUGGCGAAUCGAAAUGACUCAUGAUGUGGCCUGUGAAAUGGAUACGAGUGAGAAUGAAGACCAAUUGGACGGCAGUAAUUCAACUGAGCAAGGAAAAUCUCUGAUUUCUAAUAUUACAGAUGCGCUAAAGGAUACCUAUCUAUCUACAAGUCGGAUCGUUAGUCUUCCCUAUCGGUUACAUCCUAAAAUUUUUGUUGCUUGCAUGCGUGUAGAUUCAAUGUUCAGUCCUAAAUUGGUUCCAAAUGUCGAAUUAACUAUUGAAUUAAAUCCAGUUCAAAUCAAUCUGUUCAACAUUAUGAACUACAAUAUCGAUUCUAAGCUUCCGAAACCGUUCGAGCGGUUUCAUUUUUGCAAAGAAACGUUGGAAUCAAAAUGUCACAAGUUUCUGGUGUUGAAUGCCAGUAGAUUGAUGGUUCACACUGCCAUUUAUGACAAUUUUGAUGUACUACUGAGCGGAAGACUAAACCUCCACUGCGAUUUACUUGAUUAUAGUCAUUUCACAGUUGAAAACGUGUUUCAAGCAGUAAAUAUUGAAGCGUUAGCAAUGAUUGAAGAGGAUUUAGUUGAAAUAAAGGUCAUUUCCGGUGAUAUUUCGGUUCGUUUUGGACCUUCUGUUAUAUACAAUCUUCUGGUGGCAGAAAGAUUUUGGAGUUUUCCUGAGGAUUCAGUAUUACUUUACGGGAAAUAUAUUAUUUGUAACCACACCCACAUGGGGAUCAAAAUCAGUCAAUUCGAAACGGGAGAAUAUAUCUUUCUCGGUGUUGAAGAGUUAUGCCUGUAUGUAUUCAGGAGCUACCAUCAUAAGCAAUUACUACAGAUAAUAUUCAAUGAAAACACAAAAGAUAUAGCUACAACACCUUUCUCAGUCACGAAAGAAGGAUUGUACUAUAUCAAAAUUCUUCCAGUACACGAAGAAGAUGUGGAUGAGGAUAAAAUGUUUGUAAUUCGAGUCGAGAAUUUGAGUAACGCACAGAAACGGAUCUCGAUAGAGGGCCAAAUCAGUUUUUUCAACAUGACUAACCAGAGAUUGAAAGUUCAAUACCGGUUGCACAAGAUCGUACCAAACAGUGAUAAACAUUAUGUAACUACAAACUUCUGGGUGGAUAAAAAUUCAAACGUCAACACAUUCGAGGUGGCAAACAACAAAAAUCAGCAAAGUAUCAAGAUAGCCAUUGAUGGUGAAAAAAAGGGUUGGUCUGGUGACAUCCCUAUGAGGGAGAUAAUGAAUGGAUCGAAACCGUAUCUAGUAAAGAUUCCAACUGCUAUGGCUAAGGAGGGCUACCUUAGCUAUUGGGUGCGAAUUAUAAGAGAGAAGAUUAGUACUGGUAGCGAUGCAACAGCAGAAACCGUUAACGAGCGAGUGCUGGUGGUAAUUUGGCCACUUUUUAUGGUGCAAUCAAUGCUAACUGUCAAUGCUACGGCCUACGAAGAAAAACUCGAUCAAAGUCAUUCAAUUUACGGUCGAGGCGAGCGACGUCAACUUGUCUUGUCCGGCACGAACACUGACGAACAUGAGUUGCUCUUCCGAAUGAAUUUCAAUUCACCACAUGGGGAAGACAGACGGAAAGCUUUGCUUUCGUAUCGGCUGAUUGAAGGUCGAUCCUUCUUUCAAGUUCCAGAACGUUUUCGCGUAGUAGAAAAUGCGAUCGCAAUGCUACAAAAAAGUCACGAAUUGAAUUGGCCUUGUUCGCGAGAAGACGAACUUCGGUGGAAACGAGAAAACGCCAUUCAGGAAGCUACACUUCCAUUGUAUCAUUGUGCAGCUGCACACGAAUUGUCCUGUUGCUUAAUGCUGAGUAUUGUUCCCUGGUGUCUUCUGAUAAACCAACUUGGUUGUUCGAUACGGAUAAAAAAUUGCUCGACAAGCGAAAUGAAUAUAGUGGAACCAAACAACAUUGUGAUGCCCUACUAUAUGGAUAUUGGAUUUACAUUAGAAUUGGAUAUUGAUAGCACACUACAAUCAGAACUAAUUUACUUAGCUGAGGACUCGAAAAAACUAAUUCCCAACAGUUAUAUGUUACCGACGGAAGGUUCAGUAGAAAUCACUCUGCGAUCAGAUGACAAGGUAUUACAACUAGUUCUUACAUCAACCAUAGAAAACGACAUCCGUGUGAUCAUCGUAGCUUCCCAGUUCGUAGUGACUAAUUAUUCUAGUUUCGAUAUACACUGCUGGUGUUUUGCUGUAAUGAGCAAUGAGCGGCUAGAGCAGAUACGACAACGAGCAAGUGAAUCUGGUUCGGCAAGCUUAGAACUGCUCCGGAAUGAUCGAAAGUGUGAAAACCCUCAAGGUACCGCACUUGCUGUCUUCAGUAACCUAUCAAAGCACAAAAACAAACUUAAAUUCAACAGAGCUUACAACUAUUAUCUGUCACUGCAUCAGUGCGACAGUAAAGAAUUUUCCAGUCCAAUCUACCUCAAUCGACCUUUGUCGCGCAAAAGUAUUUGCGUGCAGUACGAAGCCCGAUACAUCGCGUUGGCCCUAUCAAUCGUCGAGCACCGCGGCCAACAGUAUGUUUCCAUCUAUGAUGACCCGUAUCCGUCGUUUACCGUUGAGAAUCGAACUGAUUUCCACAUUUACAUUGCCCAGUCCGAAUCGUCAAACGCAAGCAAAACAGCAACAGCGGUUUCGGAAUGCAGCAUGGAAAACAAUUUUGUGUGGUUCCAGAUAGUAAAAUCGCGGCAAACUAUUUACUUUACUCCUCCAACAUUGGAUGCGAUAUUUCCUGAAGCACAGGAAAUUGAAGUUGCGCUUAUAUUUGCCUGUGUUAGCGGAAGUGCAAUCCGGUGGUCCUAUCCUGUUAAGAUGAACGAAAACAAAAACAUUUUCCUUAACAUUCCUCUCUAUGGUGAUCUGAAAUUGGCUGUGAAUAUUAAAAACCGUACAACUGAGAUAACUAUAGAUUAUAUAAGCCAGGAACUAGAGUUUUCAGCAAAAGAUAUUCGCACACGACUGUCGAAUCCGGUUACACUACCAACAGAUCACGAUCAUUUGUUGAAACGAAAAUCUAUGCCAUGCCAUCCACUACCAGAUCCUUCAGCUGAAAGACUAAAGGCAAUUCUUCCUUCCAAGCGCAUAUCAUUUCGAGGGUAUUUUGAAUCCCUAAACGUAAGUCUGUUCAAUGACCGAGAAGAUACAUGCUGCUUAAAGGAAGAGUUGAUUUCAUUUAACUUUGAUCGAAUUGGUGUGGAAAUUAACAGCUGCGCUGAAGGAAGCAAAACCUUAGUGCAAUUCGUCAACAUUCAGGUAGAUAACGAAUUACACAGCACAGGGGAAUACGACUUUCCAGUGAUUCUAUGCAGUGAAGAUCACGAGGCCAAACAAAGCAAAACGACUGUGAUGCCCAGUCAAUUUACUUUGGACGAUCACCUGGAAGAACUAGCCAAACAUGCUCUGUGUUCAAUUUUCGUAGAAAUGGAAGCGGACAACUGGAAUAAUGUAGAAGGGUUGAGAUUGAAGAUCAAUCCUAUCCGAGCAUAUAUUGAGGAUACGUACAUCAAUAUACUGUUGGAUUAUUUGAUGGAAUGCUUCCCGGCGAAUUUGCUAUUUCAACCAGAACAUUCAAUGGAGCGUAUUAAAUGCUCACCUGGACAAGUACUGAUUCCCAGAUUGGUAAUGCAUCAGUCUUGCUAUUUAUCAGAUCCAAUCAAAUUUCGAUACAUUCGGAUUGAGCCUUUGCACGUUUUACUUUCCGUCCAUACCUGCAUGCGGCUUUAUAUAGCAUUAGAUCACAGCCCGUUGGACUUUUCUGCAUUCGAGCGGAAUCAGGUUCGGACACUUCCUAUGCGUUUUGGAAAUUGCCUUGGCAUGCAUUAUCUAUCCGGAGCAAUUUUCGGUGGAGGAUGGGUCAUUGGAUCUCUGGAAAUUCUUGGAAGUCCCAGUGGUUUAGCCAGAUCUGUUACCAGCGGUCUACGCGACUUUGUCUCAUUGCCUAUGCAGGGUCUAUUCAGAGGGCCCUGGGGUUUCCUAGUGGGUCUCACGCAAGGUUCGACUUCAUUAGUUCGCAAUAUUACCGCAGGAACGGUAAAUUCUGUCACGAAACUGGCUACUUCUGUCGCUAGGAAUCUUGAUAGGCUGACAUUGGACACGGAACAUGUUCAGCGAACGGAUGCCCUACGACGACGUCGGCCUCAAGGAAUGACCGAAGGUUUCACACAAGGUUUGACAGGUUUAGGCAUUAGCAUUCUCGGUGCUGUCGGAGGCUUAGCACAUCAUCCACUGCAAGCUAGGCGACCAAUUGAUGUAGUAACGGGUGUUGGUAAAGGCAUUGUUGGAGCAUUGGCAAAACCUAUCAGCGGUGCAGCAGAACUGUUAGCUUUAACAGGCCAAGGAAUGUUGCACAGCGUCGGAUACAAUACGAUGCCUACACCGAAAUAUUCCGAACAAGAAAACCAUCGCCUUGAACCUGUCGCUUACAAGGCACUUUGGGAACCACAGGCACUUUGUGAUGGUUCGCUCUUGUUCACCGUUCAAGCUACCCUCGUCAGUAGAAAUCAAUGUACCUCAGUAGUGGUUGGGGUCUAUUUGAAGACGCUAAUGUUACUCAGUAUUGCCCAGAGUCAGUUGCUUGAGGUAUUAGAUCUAAAAACCAUUGUCGCUAGUGUUGACCCGAUUGAUCAAUCACAAGUGUUGCUGCGAAUAAAACCAGAGCUUCCACCUCCUCCACCGGAUUAUACGUCUUAUCCCAUAUCUAGUCGCACCUAUCAGUUCGUGCAGGAAUCAACUAUGCAACUCCCGAACUUAUCCGGAUACACUUUACCUUCGCUAGUAAAAGCAACUCAAAGUAGGGCUCAACCAAUGAAUCACGAUGUUUCCUUCAGGACAGCUGCUGCCGGAUUUGGAUCUGACUCAGUAAUUGUUUUAAAAGAGGACUGUGAUGCAAUCAAUCCUACACGCUUCAUCGAUAGCAAUAAUGGAGUUGUAGAUAUCUCCUCAAUACAGCAAGAGGAAGAUGAUGUAGCAAUCUGUGAGCAGCUCACUCUUAUUGAAGAUGAUGUUCCCGUUAUCGAAGGUGACGAUAAUCGGCAAGACGAUAAUGAGCGUCGCCUGGUGCUAUAUGUGGACGAAAGUUUGGCCAGCUAUCUGGUAAAGUAUAUUAAUUUGCUCAAGAAAAGUAUGCAGCCAACAGAUACGGUCACAUUCGUUCCCUUUGGUCAGUAACAUUUUUGUGUUUAGUUUUGUGUAGCUCUAUAGCUCUUCACAUUUUUACCGAUGUGAAUCAAGUUAACAGUUUUUGAAGAAGUUUAUAUCUGGGAGUAAAAUCAGUUCGUUUUUUUUUUGUAUAACUGAUUUAAAUGUGACUAUAUUAAUUAUCUAUAGAUAAAUCGUCCAGCUCAAACCUUUGUAGGGGUAUGUGGCGGGACCAUCAUCAUCACCAUCAUCAAUAUUUCGAUCACAAUAGUUGUUCAACCAGAACGCAAACAAGUAGGUAAGUGAAGUUGCAGUUAGUCGAUGGUUAUUCGGAUAUCCCACUUAAAUUUACUUUUAACAUUUUUUUCCAAAAUUCGAGAAAUACAAUGGAAAACAUCUUAAUUGGAUAUAUUUUAUCCACUUGAACUUUGGAAUUAUAGAUAGUCUGAACGUUUUUUUUUUUUUGUAUAUUUCAUAGUUGUUAUAAUUUAUUAUGCUACUGGCAUGUACUACAUAUUCAAACAGUUAUACAAUUUUACCCGAAUAAGUCAAAUAAAGUUUUAUCCGUGAA